AUGGCGACGAUGACGGGCCAUGACGAGAUCUUUGGCCUCUACGAAGACAGCGCGAGCUGUGGCGGCGACAUCUCGCUCGAGGCGGUCUCGGCCUUUCUAGCGCCCACCGUCGACUUUGGCGACCACACGUCGUCGUCCGAUGCGUCGUCGUCGCCGACGCGCAAGCGCCCGUACCAGCGCCCGAAGCAAGAGCUCGAGUACCUCCGCAUCAAGCACGAGACGCUCGUCCAAAAGUUACAGUCGCUCCAACCGCAGCUCGCGACUUCCGAAGACGCGCAGCCGUGGAAGAUCCGGGCCAUUGAGCAAGCACAGUCGGUGCAGCGCUCGCUGCAAGAGAACGCGCGGCUCAAGGAGAUGGUCACGGACCAGAUCCAAGUCAUCCAGGCGCUCGAAAAGGUACUGACAAAGCGGCCCAAGUUUGGCACGUUUCCGCCGUCCGAUGUCGCAUGGAAGCAAGCGAUUUUGGGCGACACGAACCGCGAGGACGAUCUGGAAGCGCUCUUGCAGCACCAGUACGACAAACUCAACAGCGAGUGGAUCCGGUACGGCCUCCACGAUGCGCGCGACCGCCGCCUUCGCAUGCGCAAGGCGUUCGUACAAAGCGGAAGCGGCGAUACUGGCGACGAUGCCAUCAUCUUUCUUGGUGCCAAGACCAUGCCGCUCGACGUUGAAACACUGAGCGACGUGGUGUGGACCCACAAGUCGAAUCCUGUCAGUGACACGACCACCGUGCUUCAAGUAUUUCAUCCCGAUCUGGUCUACAUUCGCGAAGACAUUAUUCUGCCCGACCCGUCCAUGCCGGUGCUCGAAGCCCACAUUGCGAUGCGUCGCUACGUCGAGAAGGACCGUGUUGUGACCGUGUGGCGCUCGAUCAUUGAAGACAAGCUCCAUCCCCACAAAGACGGCCAUUUGAUUUGCAAGCGCGAGGGCUGGUCGGUGCUUCACGCAGACGACGACGACAGCAGCGAGUCCAGCUUGCAAAUGUGCAUGCGCUUGCACAUGCCCAUCUUCCCGCCAGCACUGCAGUCGAUCCAGCCCGCAGUCGGCACACUCACCGAACUCCUCGUGCAAGCCGCCGAGGCCAACCGCGAUCGGUUCGGCUGCAUGCUCCAUCGCGCGAUCGUGAAUCACCAGCAACGACGAGCAGAACACGAAGCCUAG